AUGUCACAAGAUUCAGCGCGAAAAGUUGUCUCAUCCAGUCGAAUUCAUCGAACGGGACCAGUGAUAAAGAAGAACUCGAUAUCACCGUCAACAAUUGACGUGAACUUAAAUAGAGAAGCAACUAGCAUCGACGGUCCGAUUCUUACAUUCAAGUCAAUUAACUAUUAUUUGAAUACACAGAAAUAUUGCGACCUAUGUCAAUUGCCAUGCUUACAAAAGACUCGAAAAACAAUUCUUCAUGAUGUAUCUGGAGUGUGUCGACCGGGCAUGACAGCAAUUAUGGGACCAACUGGUUGUGGAAAAUCAUCCCUUUUAGAUUUAUUAGCUGAUCGAAAGGAUCGGGAAGGUCUCGAAGGCGAAAUUCUCGUCAAUGGUGAAUUACGAACACAAAAUUACAAAUAUCAUGUCGGUUAUGUUGUUCAAGAUGAUAUUGUAAGUGGAUUUUUGACUGUGAGAGAAAAUAUCAUGUUUUCGGCUAAUGUGCGAUUGUCGACAAAAUACACCGCUGAUGAAAAAACUAAAAUCGUAGAGGAUGUUAUUCUACAGCUGGGAUUAGGGAAAUGUGCAGACACUAUCGUAGGAAAUGAUUUAAAACGGGGUGUAUCAGGUGGAGAAAGAAAACGAACAAAUAUUGGAAUGGAACUUGUUCUAUCACCUCGGAUUCUUUUCUUAGACGAGCCCACCACUGGUCUUGACUCAUCGAUGGCUCGUAGUGUAAUGGAAUGUCUUCAAAAGUUGUCUCGUACAGGACGUACCAUUGUGUUCUCAAUUCAUCAACCUCGAUAUUCAAUCUUUAAAUUAUUCGAUGCUCUUUAUCUACUUGCUGGCGGUCGCUGUGCUUAUCAUGGUCCUACAGAUGGUGUUUUAAAUUUUUUUUCGUCAGUGGGUUUUCCAUGUGAACAACAUAACAAUCCAGCAGAUUUUAUCAUUGAUGUAGCGCAAGGCGAUCGACUACCACUAGCAACACGUCAGCCAGAUGAUAUGGAUGUAGACACACUCGAAAGUCCAAUUGCACUUCAUUUAAACCAAGAAUAUUUGAAAACAAGUACUUAUAAAUCGAUUCAAGCGCAACUUCCAGAAAAGAUCAGUUUAUCAGAUGAAAGCGAGAUAAACGGUUUACGAGUAACGAAAAAAUCUCGUCUACACGAUAUGUAUUAUGUUAGCCAACGAACACUGCGUAAUUCUUAUCGAAAUCCUUCACUGUCUAUACUUCAAGUGGUAAUAUCAAUCGUUCUAGGCGUACUCGUUGGUUUAAUUUAUUUGAAUCUUGCGGAUACAACAGAUGUAGGUGUUAAAAACCGUGUUGGAGGUGUCUUUUUUAUAAUUGCAAAUCAAGUUUUUCUGAAUCUUUCGGCGCUAGAAUUGUUCAUAAAAGAGCGAGUUUUAUUUGCUCAUGAAAAUGCUAGCGGUUAUUAUCAUGUAAUAACUUACUUUUUAGCGAAAAUAAUAUGCGAUAUUAUACCAUUACGUACUAUUCCUUCGUUCACAUUUUCAAUCGUUGUUUAUUUCAUGAUGGGAUUACAAAGAACGGCACAGAAAUUUUUUAUUUUCUUCUUUUUCAUCUGGCUUACAACGAUUUGUUCAUCGGCUUUAUGUUUUCUUGUUUCGGCUUCAGUGAGAAACUUCGGCGUUGCUGAUUUAAUUGCAGCUCUUUUCUGUGGAUUAACACUCCUGUUCAGUGGACUUCUAGUUGAAGUUUCAUCUGUUGUUGUUUUUCUUCAAUGGAUUCAAUAUAUUAGUAUAUUUGCUUAUGGAACCAAUGCACUUUUAAUCAAUGAAUUUACCGGUUUGACUCUUUGCUACUCAAAUAAUACAAAUUUAUGUACGAAAAGUGGUUCCGAUGUCUUAACCGAUCUUGGUGUUACACAUGGAACAGGCUGGGAUUUAUGGAAAAAUGCUAUUGCAUUGAUUGCAAUCAUAAUCGGCUUUCUUGUUUUGGCCUACGUUCAAUUACGUCGUAUGAAAAAAACCAAAUAG